GGGGAGGGUCGACUACCAGAAGGGGUGGGGGGGCUUUCAAGCGAGUUGGUUGUUACAAUGCGUCUUUCACGGUGUUGAACAGUCUCGGUGAACGAUGAGCCAACUUCGCCGGUUGUCUCGAAGCGGCGUGAGCCACUCCUGAGCCCCGAGAACGACACCUUGUUGGCGGGGGGAGAGAGAGAGCGAGAGCGAGAGAGAGAGCGAGAGAGAGAGAGCGCGCGCGAGAGAGCAUGAAGAAGCCGAGCGCCGUGCUCCCUGCUGUCGGCUUGACUGGGAAAUGGUAGCGUGCUGCAGGAACCGCACUGGGAAGGAUCAUGGUCGAGAGGAGCAGCAAAUUCUUGUUGAUCGUCGUCGGAUCCGUGUGUUUCAUGCUGAUUCUGUAUCAGUACGUGGCCCCCGGGGUGAUCAAUUUCGGCUCCCCGCACGGUUAUUUUACGGAGGAGGACGAGGGGGACAUCUUCCCCACUCCGGACCCCCACUACGUUAAGAAAUACUAUUUCCCCGUCAGGGACCUGGAGAGGACGGUUGACUUCCAGAUCAAAGGGGAGGACGUGAUCGUGUUUUUGCACAUCCAGAAGACCGGCGGGACUACCUUCGGCAGGCACCUGGUCCAGAAUGUGCGCCUGGAGGUCCCGUGCGACUGCAGACCGGGCCAGAAGAAGUGCACUUGCUACCGGCCGAAUCGCAAGGAGACCUGGCUCUUCUCCCGGUUCUCCACCGGCUGGAGCUGCGGCUUGCACGCCGACUGGACCGAGCUCACCAACUGUGUGCCGGGGGUCCUCAACAAGAAGGAGAACAAGCAGAAAAACCUGAGGAAGUUCUACUACAUCACUCUGCUGAGGGACCCGGUGUCUCGAUACCUCAGUGAGUGGCGGCAUGUGCAGCGCGGAGCCACGUGGAAAACCUCCUUGCACAUGUGCGACGGACGGACCCCGACGCCCGAGGAGCUGCCGUCCUGCUACGAGGGCUCCGACUGGUCGGGCUGCAACCUGCAGCAGUUCAUGGACUGUCCCUACAACCUGGCCAACAACAGACAGGUUCGCAUGUUAGCCGACCUGAGCCUCGUCGGCUGCUACAACAUGUCGACGGUUCCCGAGAAGAAGAGGGCCCAGCUCCUCCUGGAGUCGGCCAAGAAGAACCUACGAGACAUGGCCUUUUUUGGUCUCACAGAGUACCAGAGGAAAACCCAGUUCCUGUUCGAGCGGACCUUCAGGUUGCGCUUCAUCAGGCCUUUCAUGCAGUACAACAGCACCCGGGCUGCGGGGGUGGACCUGGACAACGCUACGGUCCAGCGCAUCGAGGAGCUGAACGAGCUCGACAUGGAGCUCUACGACUACGCCCGGGACCUGUUCCAGCAGCGCUACCAGUACACCCGGCAGCAGGAGAGGCGGCAGCAGCGCAUCAAGAACCACAUGCUCCAGAGCCACCAGGGCCUGGGCCUGGGCGUCAACCUGUGGCCCUCGCACAGCCGGCAGAGCGCCGUGUCGACGCUGGAGGACGGGGACGGGGAGAGGGAGGAGCGGGAGGAGGGCGAGGAGGGAGGGAGAACGGAGGAGGCGGGCAGCAGACUCCCCACAGAGGACUACAUGAACCAGAUCAUCAACCGCUGGUAGCAGCAGAACGAGAGCAAACACACGGACAUGCACAUGUAAUGUGAAACACACACGUACACACCCAUACAGAGAGAGUGAGGCCUGCUUCAAACACUUUACUGACUGAUAAGCAGACUUUACUGAGUAUUGGGCCGCGGGAAUGAGAGGCCAAGUGGUUGCUAUGUAGACCUGGGCAUGGUCAAAUGCAUCAGCUAACAUAAUUGGGGGUUUGCCCAGUUGUUAUCAGCACCCGCUUUCCCUCCCCCCGCCCCUCCCGCUCCUCCUCUGAGUUUCUCCCGAUCUCUGAUCAUCCUCACAGACCGAGAAGAGAAGAGGAGAUUUUUAAGAGUUGCUGAAAAACGUAUACUUCACCCAUCUCUCUCCCCCCCCCAGCUCCUCCCCUUCUCCUGUAUUCCGUCGUCUCUGUGGCCUAAUAUGGAGCAUGAGAAAAAUUUAAAAAUCAAAGUCUGUGAAUUCCCAAACUUAACUUUUGCCGAAAAAAGGACCGGUCUACUUCCUGGAUGCUCUUAAAAAAAAAGUAUGCCGACGGCUUAGCUGAACAAAGACAAAAGUGGGAGUCAAAGAAAGACUGAUCCUGAAUGAGAGGAAAAAACUAAUUGGACUGAGAUGUGUAAUAAAGCUUUCUGCUUAAAAAAAAAAAAAAAAAAAAAAAAAGAAAUCAGCCAUUUCACCCAUAGACACGCUUUGGUCAUGAAAUACUGACCGUGUCAUUCUCAUGAUAUGAUUUUUAUUUUUUUGUUUGUGCUUCUUUUUUUUUUUUUUGAAAGCAGAAUUGUAAUAACACUGAGACCAAUAUUGCUGCCUAAAAGAAAGUGAUUCCUUUUAA